AUGCGUACUUUUGCUCUUUUAUGGUUGGCCUUCGCUUGCUUGGUAAUGGGGGAUGUUUCCAUAAGUCAACCAGCAACAGGAAAAUCAUAUCUGGCAUCCGGAGGAGACGUAAGUGUUGAGUUAGCCUGGGUAGAUGAUGGAGGAGAUAGCACUUUCAAUUUAAAAAACUACAAAUCAUAUACGAUCAGUAUCUGUACUGGUCCUAAUUCUGCUAUCAGCUGUCCACUUCUGCUCAAGAAAGAGGCACAGAUUAGUGACAAGAAAUAUACUGCCUCUAUAGACUCCACUGAUUUGCCCAAUGGAUAUUACUAUUUCCAAAUAUAUACGGUGUUCAAGGAAGGAAUAACUAUCCAUUACUCAAAUAGAUUCCAGUUAAAAAACAUGGAAGGUUCAACCAAGACUCUUUCUGAGCCCGUCACCGCCACAGGUCUGCCACCCGGUGCUCAAACACCUUCCGGUGCAGGUGGUGAUUCUUCAAUAAACUCUGCUUCAUUUUCCGUUACCUACACAAAACAAACUGGUAAAACAAGAUUUGCUCCUAUGCAAUCGAUCCCUGGCUCCAAGAUUACGAAAACUACAUGGUCAAGGAGAUUUCCAACAAGUGCAGUUACACAUUUUUCAACAAAUGCAAAAUCACCAAACGUUUAUUCUACAAUUACUCCUGGAUGGAGUUUUUCGAUUACUUCCGACAUCAAUUAUGCUUCGAUCGCUCCUUACCCCAGUUACUUCUAUAAUCCUAGCUCAAAAGUCAAACAGGCUUCUUUGUCAAGUGCCUCUAAAUCAAAAAGAUGGCUUGACUAG